AUGGGUAUUAAUCCUGACGAUAAGACCUGGCCAGAUACUAGUGUUACCCGAAUGAUAUUCUAUGAGAAGCCAGACCGAACACAAAUGCCGGCGGCCCAACCUGGACCAAACGCCUAUAAUAACUAUUGCGGCAAUGAUCUUUCAUCACAGACUAUGUCUGCGUACCGCCUAUCUCCUGAUGAGCCUGACGGAACAGAGAAACUCCCCGUCGAGUUGCAUCUGAAUGGGCUAUCUAGUUUGCGGUAUGUGGCGAACCGAAGAUUUCGAGUCAAUUGCGGCGAUCUGCACCUGUUAAAUGCUGGGGACGCCGAUUAUCAAUUCCCUAACAUCCAAAAUAUCCGUGGCUGUGGCGGUAACUCAUCGCCCCAUUUCAUUAUUCAAAACACGAAAUUCCGACCGCAUCCCAUACAUAUUCACGGCCACGAUUUCCGAGUCCUCCGAGAAGGUCUCUUCGAGGACAAGGAAACCUCGUUUCCUCACGGACAACCUGAAUUCUCUCGUGUCCUCCCCGGGCGAGGCUUCUGA